AUGGUGGCAUCCGGGGACGUCGGGGUAGCCUUUGCGAUGGUGUGCGGAGCGGGAGCAGCGAGCAGCCUGGGCGCCAGUUGCGUGUUUGCAGUCAAAGUUGCCUCGCCGCGCGUGCUGGCGAUCGCCCUGGGAUUUGCGGCAGGAGUGAUGAUCUACGUGGUCUUUGCCGAGAUCCUCAGCCAGAACGCUAUUGACUCCUUCCAGGAUGCGGGCUACUCAGGCAAUGCGGCGUACCGGCUGGCCACCGCCUGCUUCUUCGGCGGCAUGCUGGCUACAGCUGCCCUGGAGGCGCUGGCCCCCGCCGAGGUGGUGGCCGUGCUGCAGUCCGACCCGCACACCCGCGACCUGCUGCGCAUGAGCAUCGUCACGGGGCUGGCCAUUGCGCUUCACAACGUGCCAGAGGGGCUGGCCACGUUUGUUGGGGCCCUGGAGGACAGCGAGGUGGGCGCCAGCAUCGCGGUGGCGAUCGCGAUACACAACAUCCCGGAGGGGAUCUGUGUGGCCAUGCCCAUCUACUACGCCACCGGCAGCAAGUGGAAGGCGUUUUUCUGGGGCAGCCUGACGGGGCUGGCGGAGCCGCUUGGGGGCCUGCUGGGCUACCUGGUGCUGAGCAAGGAGGAGCCGCUGAGCUUUGGCAUCGUCUUCUCGCUGGUGGCGGGCAUGAUGGUGUUUGUGAGCUUCAAGGAGCUGCUGCCCUCUGCCUUCCGCUUUGAUGCAAUCGACCGCGUGGUCUCCACAAGCGUGAUUGUGGGGAUGGCUGUCAUGGCAGCGUCGCUGCUGCUCUUCACCCUAUGA